AUGAAACCGGUUAAGCGGAAAUCACCGGGAGAGUUGAUCGAGUUACUGGAUAAGGCGGAAGCCGCGCAUAAAACCUUCAAGGAUGCAGGUUGCCCGUGCGAACAUUGGGAUAGUUGGCUUAUCCAUAUGGUCGAGCGCAAGUUGGAUAAUGAGACGCGAGAAGGGUGGCGAUGCAGAUGGUGCAAUGCCUCUGUAAAAUGUAGCUUAUGUAAGGGUCCUCAUCAGCUUCAAGCGUGUCCAAGGUUCAAUGGUAUGUCGACUUCCGCUCACUUUGAACAUUGUAAAAAGGAGAGAUUGUGUCUCAAUUGUUUGAGAUCUGGACAUUUAUCGGCUGAUUGCAUAUCUCAGAAUCGUUGCGCCAAUUGUAAGGGCAGACACAACACGAAGGUUCACUCGGAUCAACGACAAGGAGGAGAGGCUGCGGAUUCUUCAAAUUCAACAGGUCAGAAGGGCUCUUCUAGCGCGCCUGGCAAGUCAAGUAUGCUGGAGGUAUCAGGAAGUACAAUAGUGGUGGGUUGGACCCGGUUGAUGGCCACAGCCAAGGUCUUAAUUCAAUCCGUUCAAUCUCUUUUGAUACGCAAAGAGUGGUGCAAUGUUUGUCCGCAAAGACUAAGCCUGUUUCUGUCUCUGUGGUUGGUGACAGUGCAGGUCCUUCUACGGUGUUCUACGGUAAAGUCCAGGUUGAACUCAGAAUUUUGUUUGGAGUUUUCGGCGUUGGUGUUGAGAGAGGUAACGGGAUUUUUCCCGCGAGAGGAGGUCGUAGUGUCCAAUUGGGACCACAUCAGGGGCUUGCAGCUUGCUGAUCCAGAUUUUGCUCGCUCAAAGCGUAUAGACUGCGUGCUCAGCGCAGAGGUGUACGCUGCUAUCAUUCGGCCAGGGCUCAUAAUUGGUGCAACUGAUACUCCUGUUGCUCAGGAGACCGUUUUUGGGUGGAUUUUGACGGGUAGAGCGUCUUCUAGUGCUGAGUCUGAUGGAGCUCAGACUGCUCAUGCCUGUCAUGUGGAAGUGGAGCCUUCGGUUUCGUCAUUGUCAGAGAGGUUUUGGGAGGAGAUUUCCACUUCACAAGUUUUGUCCAAGGAGGAUCAGUAUUGUGAGGAUUAUUUCUUGGAUACUGUCUACCGAGAUUAUAAGGGCAGAUUUGUCGUUCGCUUACCAUUCUCUGAGAGAUUGUCAGAGGUUUCAUUUGCACACACGAGGCAGAUUGCUGUGGCAUGUUGGCUCCGCUCAGAGAAGCGUCGAGCGCAGGAUUCGAGAGUAGAUAGUGCCUAUAGGAAGUUUAUGGAGGAGUAUCUAAAUUUAGGUCAUAUGGAGCUUGUAAAUAGUUCGCAUCGAAGGGAUAACACGUUCUAUUUUACGCAUCAACCAGUGUACUCGGCUGAGUCGGAUGUCACGAUUAUUAUUUCGAUGUGGAGAUUCUCGGAGGUUGUGUUCACGGCUGACAUCGUCAAGGAGUUUAGGCAAAUUCUCAUUCACCCGGAUGAUGUUGACUGGCAAAGAAUAGUGUGGCGUUCUGACGUUUUGAAGCCUAUCGAAGAUUAUAGGUUGUUGACGGUUACGUAUGGUACGCGCUCCGCUCCAUACCUCUCAAUUCGAACUCUUCUUCAGCUAGCGAGUGAGGGAAGUGUAGAGUUUCCCUUAGCUGCGCAGGUGCUCAGACACAAUAUGUAUGUAGAUGAUGCGUUUGUAUGCUCUGACAAUGAGUCUGAGGCCAUUGAGAUUCGGAAUCAGCUGAUCAAGCUUCUAUCAUCAGCAGGUAUGGAGUUGGGAAAAUGGGCGUCAAACAGUUCGGCUAUCGUGGAGGAUAUCCAGACGGAAAAGCAGAAAGAGUUCGUUGUCGAAUGGGAUGAGGCAGUUUCUGCUUUGGGCCUAAAAUGGACACCAUCGAGUGAUUCGUUUCGUUUUGAGGUUAAGAUUCCAGUUUCUCCAAAGGUUGUGUCUAAGAGAGCGAUUCUGUCGGAGAUUUCGAGGUUGUUUGAUCCACUUAGUUGGCUGUCACCUGUAUUAGUCAGGGCCAAACUCAUGCUCCAGGAUUUGUGGAUUAAUGGUGUCGACUGGGACUCACCUCUCACAGGAGAACAUCUAGAUCAGUGA